UUUUUGACACGAGUCCCGCCCGAUCGCAAACGGGUUUUUAGGGUUGCGCUCGGGAUCGGAUUCACUUCGACCUUCCCCACUGCAAUCUCUCUUCCAUCGUUGUUCUGCCUUUCGUUCUCCGCUCUCGUUCUGCCUUGCGACGGCGAGCGAGCCGGCAAGUGGGAGCGACCAUGGAGGCAGACGUGGGGGCGGCGAAGACGAAGGAGGAGAUCGAGGCGGAGAUAUCCCGAGCGAUGCGCGCACGCGUUAGCGACUUCAAGGAGCGAGCCGACACUUUGACACUUGAAGGUGUUCGAAGAGCACUAGAAAAGGACUUAGGGAUGAAUAUGUUUUCAUUGGAUGCUUAUAAGAGGUUUAUUAAGCAAUGUUUGGAAGAGUGCUUUUAUGGUGCUGACGAUGAGAAUGUCCCCAAACUCUCGGGAGUGAGUUCUUCUCAGUCGGCAAAAGAAGAAAAGUCAAGACAGGCUGAAGACUAUCAGCAAUCAGCUGAUUUUAGAAAGAGUAAUUCUGAUGAAAUAGAAGGUUCUCCAGCAUCAGGUGGAAAGUCAGCUUCAAAUGAUGAGCCUGUAAACAAUCAAGGUCCUCAAGAUGAUAGUGAUAUAAAUGAAGACAAAAUAAGGAAAGCAAUAGAAAGUAGAGCUGACUAUUUUAGAGCAAAUUCUGCGUCUAUUUCUUUAGCAGAAGUUCGCCGACUGUUGGAAGAAGAUCUUAAACUUGAGAAGAAAGCAUUGGAUGCCUAUAAAAGUUUUGUCACUGAAGAGUUAGAUAAGGUCUUACAGAUACCUGAAGUUGUCAAAGCAUCAAAUGGAGUUAAGAAGCAGCUUAAAAAAGUUUCUCAAAAUGUGGAUGUGAAAAAACCUGGAAAAAACACUAAAAGGGCUCGUAAGGAGUCAGAAUCUUCAGACACCAACGAUUCCGUUACUGAGGAUGAGGAAGUUGAUGAAGAUAUAAGGCCAAAAAAAAAGACAAAUGAAAAAACUAAAUCAGUUGCAAGAGCACCAAAAAGGCAGAAAAAGUCUCAAGAUAAAAAUGAGUCAUCUAGUUCUAGUGAAAAAAAGAUGGUGGAGCAAGCUUCAGAGAACACUUCUGAAGAUGAUGGUGGCAAUUCCUCUGCAGAUAGUCCUCAUUCAUCCAAAGGAGAUGUCAAGAAGAAACAAGAGAAGCCAACUCAGGUAUAUGGUAAACGAGUAGAGCACCUAAAGUCAAUAAUUAAGUCCUGUGGAAUGGGUGUCCCUCCAUCUGUUUAUAAGAGGGCUAAACAGGUGGCUGAAAGCAAACGUGAAGCUUAUUUGAUAAAGGAGUUGGAGGGAAUUCUUAAAAAGGAAGGAUUAUCAACUAAUCCUUCUGAAAAACAAAUGAAAGUAGUAAGAAAGAAAAAGGAAAGGGCAAAGGAACUUGAAGGCAUUGACAUGAGUAACAUAGUCUCAAGUUCUCGUCGGAGAACAUCAUCAAGUUAUAUUCCUCUACCAAAGCCUAAAAUAGAAGUUGAUAGUGAUGAGGAUGACGAAGAUGAGGAAAAUGAGGAAGACACUGAUGAUGACAAUGAGGAUGAUGUUUCAGGUUCGGGUGGAGAAUCUGAUGAAGGUGAUGAGGAUGAAAGUGAUUGAGGUUCUCUUUUAGGCGUUGUUCAAAUGCUUUCUACAAGUCUAGUUUAAUAUAUAGGCACACUCACCUUCUUCUCGAUGUAUUUUCUGAAUUGAGUUGGUGAUCCUGACCGAGUGUGGGCAGUCACCCCUUCCAGCGUGAUUAGAAAAGCAGUCUUUGCUGUCAAAGAUAUGUAGCUAAUUUUGUUCGGCUGUCAUUUGUAAUCUUCGUCUAGUUUACAUCUCUUCCGGGUGAUUUGGAUUAUUUAUUGGAUGGGACCAUAAUUUGGACUACUCUGCCGUCUAUAUAGAUCAAUCGCCUGCGAGAA